ACCUCAACACAUCUGAGCUCUGUGAAAUAUCCCGGGACAGGAGACCGAACAACUGGAUAAAUCCUGGACCAGUAUCCAGGCACCGUGCUAUAUUGCGGAAUAGGAGCCCAGGCCUCAAGGUAGAUACUGGGACAGAAACGUACAACUGGUGAAGUUUCACCAAACUGCAAUAUACAAGACAGGAAUCCUGGUAUCCUGGGAAUUCCAGGAUAAGAACCACCUCUCUGGGAAAGAGCAUACAGAUCCCAGGAAGUACAUUCACCCAGUCAGUGGGAAUGGCGAGUGUUUCAUCAACAGUAAAUAGCUGGUCUGAAAACCUGAACCCUCCACAACUUGUGAGGGAUUUGGGUUUACAGGAUCAUUAUCCUCACAAACUGUCACUGGUGUCAAUGCGGGAGGUAUCCUGGGGUAAACUGGACGACAACAAACCAACUCGACCAGAAGAUCUUCCUUGGCGAUUUCUCCAAAGGAUCCUCUUAGCUAAUUCACUGGCGAGGAAUCCUGAAUGGCCCCCUGCUCAGUCCUUGGAAGACAAGAGAGAUGAUGUUGAAGAUUUCAACUAUUUAUUUGAAGUGAAAGAGCCAGGGGAUUCGGGGUUUAACCCUCUGGAUAUCAUUGCUGCCAUUUUCCUCUGUGCCGACCACUCUCUCCAGCAGGAACUGAUGCUGAAGAUGUCUCUGUGCCAACUUGCAUUACCCUUUCUGCUGCCGGAAGGCCACAGUUACCCCAGGGACAUGGUGAGAGGACCCAUGGAAGGGUCUGGUGCCACCCUUCUCCUCUGGGCCAUGAGGCCCAUUGUUAAAAUGUGGUGCCCACAAUCUCCCACAGGGAGCAGCCCCGUUGUGGAGAUGCCCAUCGUGACAGCAACCGUGCCAACUGUCUCCUUCCUCAGACUCGGAAGGUGCACGGUGUCCAAAUCCAAACUCCUCAAUCUCACCUUGAGCCAGACCCAGCUGCAGCAGAACAUCUUCCUGCACUCCGGGAUGGAAUGUGGGAAUGUGCCCCGUGGGAUAUCGGAUGGGAUGGCUGAGAUCAGCUGGUAUCUACCUUCUGGGAAGAGCAACACGGACAUUUUCCCGGAGGCUGCUGCAUUCAUCAACCUCCGAGGUGACGCUGAAACUUACCAGGGACACACUCGGUUUCUGGCAAAAGUCUCUGCUGCUCUCUUUAUUUUCAUUGAUGUUAUCGGUGAGAAGGAAAGAGAAUUCCUCACCUCUCUCGCACAGUCACCGGCAAACCUCUUUCUGAUAGUGAACACUAACAUCAGUCAGCAACACAUCACCCCUGAGCAGGUAAAGAAACUGUUCAAAGAUCUGAAGUUACAACCUCAACAAUGCAUUGUUCGGACAAAUGUAAACAAGGCCAAACUUGUGGAAGAACUUCGUUCUCAGAUAAAACAAGUGAUUCUAAUGAGGGACCAGAGCUUCCUGAGUCUGGAACAAAUGGGUGACAUUGCGAGAGAAAGUGGGAUUCAGGUCGAUGAACAUCAGCCUGAAAUGCAACGGGCCAAGGACCUGACGUCCAAACCACAGAGAGAGGUCGCUCAUGGAGACAGUUGGGGAUCAGAGGAUCCAUCUCACCGGCAUUCACCGGGUCUCCCACAGGGAAUGGCUGGUGAUCCACCAGAUGGAAAUAACUUUACAAAGUUACAACCACAACAAUGUGUUUCUCAGUCAAAUGUAAGUGAGGCAAAAACAUUGAAUUAUCCGAUACACCAAGUAACAUGGAAGAGGGACAGGGACCAAAGCUUCAUUAGUCUGGAGCAAACGGGUGACAUUGUGAGGGAAAGUGAGAUUCACGUCGAUGAACAUCAUCCUGAAAUACAACAAGCCAAGGACCUGACAUCCAAACCACAGAGAGAGGCCGACCCCGGACAUGGCAGGGAAUCAGAGCAUCCAUCACACCGGCAUUCACCGGGUCUGCCAGAAGGAACAGCUAGUGGUCCACCAGUUGGAAAUAACCAGGAUGAAAAUCUGAGCCCCCUGCAACUUGUGAGGGAUUUAGGUUUACAGGAUCAUUAUCCUCACAAACUGUCACUGACGUCCAUGCGGGAGGUAUCCUGGGGUAAACUGGAUGACAACAAACCAACUAGACCAGAAGAUCUUCCUUGGCGAUUUCUCCAAAGGAUCCUCUCAGCUAAUUCACUGGCGAGGAAUCCUGAAUGUUCGGCUGCUCAAUCUUCAAAAGACAACAAAGAAGACGUAGAAGAUUUCAGCCAUUUCUUUCAAGCACAAAGGCCAGGAGAUUCUGGGAUGAAUCCUCUGGAUAUCAUUGCUGCCAUUUUCCUCUGUGCCGACCACUCUCUCCAGCAGGAACUGAUGCUGAAGAUGUCUCUGUGCCAACUUGCAUUACCCUUUCUGCUGCCGGAAGGGCACAGUUAUCCCAGGGACAAGGUGAGGGAACCCAUGGAAGGACCUGGUGCCACCCUUCUCCUCUGGGCCAUGAGGCCCAUUGUUAAAAUGUGGUGCCCACAAUCUCCCACAGGGAACAGCCCCGUUGUGGAGAUGCCCAUCGUGACAGCAACCGUGCCAACUGUCUCCUUCCUCAGACUCGGAAGGUGCACGGUGUCCAAAUCCAAACUCCUCAAUCUCACCUUGAGCCAGACCCAGCUGCAGCAGAACAUCUUCCUGCACUCCGGGAUGGAAUGUGGGAAUGUGCCCCGUGGGAUAUCGGAUGGGAUGGCUGAGAUCAGCUGGUAUCUACCUUCUGGGAAGAGCAACACGGACAUUUUCCCGGAGGCUGCUGCAUUUAUCAACCUCCGAGGUGACGCUGAAACGUACCAGGGACACACUCGGUUUCUGGCAAAAGUCUCUGCUGCUCUCUUUAUUUUCAUUGACGUUAUCGGUGAGAAGGAAAGAGAAUUCCUCACCUCUCUCGCACAGUCACCGACAAAACUCUUUCUGAUAGUGAACACUUACAUCAAUCAGCAACACAUCACCCCUGAGCAGGUAAAGAAACUGUUCAAAGAUCUGAAGUUACAACCUCAACAAUGCAUUGUUCGGACAAAUAUAAACGAGGCCAAACUUGUGGAAGAAAUUCGUUCUCAGAUACAACAAGUGAUUCCCAUGAGUGACGGGGACCAGAGCUUCCUGAAUCUGGAACAAAUGGGUGACAUUGCGAGAGAAAGUGGGAUUCAGGUCGAUGAACAUCAGCCUGAAAUACAACGGGCCAAGGACCUGACCAAAAUACUGAGCAGUCUUGACCCUGCAGACAUCAUUUGGUAUAAAAAGAGAGUGCUGCCCUUUCAUGGAGAGCCCUGGCAAGGACUGUCUAAAGUUGAGAAAGAGAAGUCUCGGAUGAAACUCCGCGGGGACAGAACCACAGAGAAGUAUAACCACAAGCUGGACCAAGACAAGAAAAGAAUCCGGGAUGCUCAGCUCAGACAGAGCCUGUCGGAGGAGAUGCAGAUAUUCAUUGACCACCUCACGUGUCCUGGUGGGGAUGACAGGGCCAUUUCCUUGCAGUGGCUGAAGCUGAUGCUGGACAGUAAAUCAAGGGAAAUCAUGGCAGGAUUGCGCAGGGAUUAUAAAGAACUGAGCAAAGACUCAAUGCAGAAGGUCAAGGAGCUGAAGGACAUGGAUCAGAAGAUGACUGAUAGUUCCCUGGGACUUGAGCACUUCAUGAGGGAACUGGGUCAGGUUUAUGAACUUUCAGUGACACAACACAACAUCAAGCAACAAACACAGAUCCACCCACAUGUGCUUCAGUUACCGGGUGUUGCUGCUGAACUGUUGCUGGAUGGGUUCCCACUGGAGCUCAUUGAUGGAGACGUCUCCAACGUUCCUGUUUCAUGGAUCACUGCUGUACUGGAAGCAGUGGCCGAGAAGGUGGGACGUGCUUCCCGAGUGUUUGUGCUGACAGUGAUUGGAGUUCAGAGCACAGGCAAGUCCACGCUCCUCAAUACAAUGUUCUUUUUUCGGUUUGCUGUGAGCAGCGGCCGAUGUACUCGAGGGGCCUACAUGCAGCUGAUGAAGGUCACAGGGAGCCUGGCGGAGGAGCUGGGCUGUGACUUCAUCCUGGUCAUUGACACAGAGGGGCUGAGAGCUCCAGAACUUGCAACACUAACAGACAGCUACGAACACGACAAUGAGCUGGCAACAUUCGUGGUGGGAUUAAGCAACAUAACGUUGGUAAACAUAGGCAUGGAAAACAUCGCAGAGAUGAAAGAUAUUUUACAGAUUGUUGUUCAUUCCUUACUCCGCAUGAAACUGACGGGGAAAAGACCAAAGUGUAUAUUUGUCCACCAGAAUGUUGGAGAUGUGAGUGCACAUGAUCACAAUCUGAGAGGCCGUCAGAAACUACUGGAACAGCUGGAUAAGAUGACAGAGGCUGCAGCAAAACUGGAGAAGGUGGAGGGAGUUACGUUCCAUGAUGUGAUGGACUAUGAUGCUGACAAGGACAACUGGUACAUCCCUGGUCUGUGGCAAGGUACACCCCCAAUGGCUGCCGUCAACACUGGCUAUAGUGAACAUGUCUUCCAACUGAAGAAGAGUCUCAUUCAAUGUUUACUCAAAGGGAAACUAGAACAAGGAGCUUUCACAAUCCCAGACUUUACCAAAUGGAUGACUGGCCUUUGGGAGCAGGUGAAACAUGAGAAUUUCAUUUUCAGCUUCCAGAACAGUCUGUUCGCAGCAGCUUACAACCACCUCUCUGUGAAGUACAAGGACUGGGAGUGGGAGCUCCGCAAAUUCACGCACUCCUGGGGAAACAAGGCUGAAAACAGAGUCAACAAUGCCAGUGGUGACCUCAACCUACUGCUCCAAACACUGGAACGUGAGAUCAGGGCGGAGAUUAACAAAAGGGAGGGUGAGACUCUGGAUAAACUAAAAGGUCUGUUUUUAAGUGGGGCUGAUAACGUUCAGCUGAUGGAGAAAUACAGGGUGGAGUUCAAGCUCAGUAUCUCCAGUUUAUGCAGACGGCUUCAGGACGAUUCAAUGCAGAGAUGUAAGGAUGCCGUGAACAGACGUGUGGGACUGCAGGAAGUGGAUGAUAGUUGGAAUAAAUGUCACCAGAAGAUCGAACAACAGGUCAAGGAGCUUUUAUUAAAGUGUAAAGGGGCAAAUCAGGUGUUGGGUGACGAGGAACUGCAAACUGCCUUUGGAAAGAUGUGGCAAGACACACUGUCACAGCUGGACUAUCAGCCCUGUAGAGAAAGAAACAUUGAACUGGAGAUUGAAAAUCUUCUCAGAGAGAACACAGCAAAUCAAGGGAGGGUGAUUAAUAAAAUGCUGGAAAGAAAACCUCUCCAUAAACAGGGAACUCAGUUCUUACAGAUUGAAUGGAAACACAGCAACACGACAUGGGUAGGAAUAUUAUUAAGCACAGUCAGUCGUUUCUUCCACAAACCAGAUCAUGACUUGGUUAAAUCCCUUGAGGGUGAAUUCCAUAAAUGGAUCAGUGACAUCACUAAAAUGGACAAGGAUUAUGACAAUAAAUAUUGCAUUGAUCUUUUGAAUAUUAUGGAGAAGAAAAUUAACAAUAUUUCCCACCCAAACUUCACAAUGAGUGAGGAAUUCAGGGCUGAGUUUAAACUUCGCCUGUGUGGUUUCGCUGUACCAAGAUUCCAAGACAUGCAGACGAGGUUCAUCCAGAAACACGACCCGCGGCAAAGACUGGAAAACAUGAAGGGUCAAUACUUUGAUCUCUUCAUUGAUAUUUACACAGAGCAGGAUGCGAACCAGAGACAAGCAGAACGGUUUGCAGAAUCUUGUUUCUUGCCAGCUCUCAGAGACGCCACCCUCAAGGCUCUCAGUAUGAACAUCGUAGAUGAUAUGAAACAAAAUGACCCUGAGAGCAAGUACAGUCUCCGCAACAACUUCACUGUGGCCCUCCUGGUGCACCUGAAACAAAGGGGUACAUUUGAUGACUAUCACCGGUAUAUCACUGACCUUGAGAAUUUGGCCAAAGACUGGCUCCAUCACCAGGUUAUUGAACACUGCAAGACACAACGUGAUGGAGAGAGCACGUUUACCCGUCUGGCUAAAGGAAUCCUCACACAGAUCACUGGGAAAGCUAAAAAGAUUGUUGAGGAUGCAGUGAUGCAGAACUUUGCUGGAAAUGUUCAGAGCUUCCUGGACAUGUUUGUUGAAAAGUUAAAGACCAGGAUCUCAAUGCCCAAAGAUGAAAUGAAACUCGUUCUGUUUCACAGUGACGGUGAUGGCAAGAAAUUGGCAGAAGCAGUUCUACCAUCUAUUGAAGAAGUGGAGCAGAGACUCCUCAGUGAGGUAACAGGCUGGGAUGUCCAAGCAAAGAUUGAAGAAUUAUCCAUUAAACCCAGGGAUGAGAUGUUCAAAGGGUUAUUCAAUUGUACCAAGAAAUGUCCUUUCUGUGGGGUUUUCUGUGAUUCAGAGACCCCGGUACAUUCACAGCACUCUUGUAAGCAGCACAGACCUGAAGGUCUCAAUGGCUAUCACUUCGUAGGAAGUAAACUUCUUUCAAUUGCCGUCUGCACAGCUUCAGUUGCAGGUCAUGGAACAUUUAAAAAUGACGACACAAAUUGGGAAUUGAAACCCUUCAAGGAUUAUCAAACUGUCAAUGAUUAUUACAAAUCCUGGAUCAUCCAGCGGGAAAUUUCCGCACAGGCAGCAUCCUAUUGGAAGAAGGUUUUCUACACUUACAAUAAGCAGUUUGCUGAAAAAUACAAAGCAAAUCCUGCAAAGAUCGAUGAAACCUGGAACAUUGACUGGGAUGUAGUGAGGGGAGACCUGAAUAAGACGUAUAACACAAACAUUCAGUCUUGGUGAGGUGCCUUUACAUGACAUCACUCAGUUAGAGGUAGAAAUGGUCUACUUUCCUGUAAAGGAAAUGGCAGAGAAAAUCACUCAACAUUAAAAUUCAAAUCUGAUUAUAAAUCACAAAUCAUAAAAGCAGAGCAGAGUUUCAACCAAUUCUUAUUAAAAUUGCUUUUGCAGAAAUAACCAAAAAGGUUGAGGGCAAAGCUGUAGACUUGGUCUGAAUGGACUUCAGCCAACCUUUGAUGAGAUUCCGCAUAGUGGCUGCUCCAGAAGGUUAGAUCGCAUGGAUCCAGGGAAAGCCAGCUGACUGGACAGAGAAUUAGCUUCAUGGAAGGAAGCAGAGGUGGUGGUAUAAGGUUGUAUUAUGAACCGGAGGCCUGUGACUAGUGGUGUGCCCCAGAGAUCCAUGCUGUUUGUGUUUUAUAAGAAGAUAGAACAGGACAACACAGGAACGGGCACUUCAGCUACAAUCUUUGUGCCAAACAUGGAACCUAGCUACACUGAUUUAAUCUGCCUCCAUAACCCUCCAUUUCCUGCAAACCCACGUACCUAUUUAAAAGCUUCUUAAACAUCACUAUCGUAUCUGCCUCCACCAGCACCCUUGGCAAUACGUUCCAUUUACCCACCAACCUCUGUGUAAAAAAAAAACUUGCCCCACAUCUCUUAUUAUAUUUCCCCCCUUGCCUUGUAGCUACGUCCUCUGGAGUUGGACAUUUCCACUCUGGGAAUAUAGUUGUUACUGUCUACCCUAUCUAUAAUUUUAUAUACUUCCCCUCAACCUCCAACAUUGCAGAGAAAACAAUUGUUUAUUAAUGAUUUGGAUAAGGGGAUUGAAGGCUUUGUGGCCAAAUUUGCAGAUGAUGCUAAGAUAGGUGGAGCCCGGCUGUGUAGAGGAAGCAACGGCUCUGCAGAAGGACUUGGACAGGUUGGGAGAGUGGGCACAGAUGUGGCAGAUGGAAUAUAGUGUAGCAAAGUGCGGAGUCAUGCAUUUUGGUAAUAAUACAAAUAAAGAUUAU